AUGUCCACUCCAUCUGUCCAGACUUUUGGUAAGAAGAAGACCGCUACUGCCGUUGCCCACGUUAAGGCCGGUAAGGGUUUGAUCAAGGUUAACGGUUCUCCUAUCACCCUUGUUGAGCCAGAGAUCAUGCGUUUCAAGGUCUACGAGCCAUUGACCUUGGCCGGCUUGGACAAGUUCCAGAACAUCGACAUCAGAGUUAAGGUUUCCGGCGGUGGUCACGUUUCCCAGGUUUACGCCAUCAGACAGGCUAUUGCCAAGGGUUUGGUUGCCUACCACCAGAAAUACGUUGACGAGGCCUCUAAGAACGAAUUGAAGAAGAUCUUCGCUUCUUUCGACAAGACCUUGUUGGUUGCUGACGCCAGAAGAAUGGAGCCAAAGAAGUUUGGUGGUCGUGGUGCCAGAGCCAGAUUCCAGAAGUCUUACCGUUAA